UCCUGAUGUUGCGUGUGAGAAAAUUGAAAGCUUACCAGUACUUUUCUUGAGUAGCUACAGCAAGGUAUGCAUUCCGGGCAACUUUAAUGCAUUUUUAAACGUUUUGCCUGCUGGUCGGAGAUGGCGGCCGCCCUGUUGCAAGUUCUGGAGCGAGCGGAGUUGAAUAAGCUCACUAAAGGUGUCCAAAAUAAGCUGGAGAAGUUUGUAACGGAGCUUCAAAAUGCUAACGAGGCUCUCAGGACCCAACAGGAGAGAUUCAAAGCGGACAGUGAACAGCAGUACUUUGACAUCGAUAAGAAACUUGGGGAGAGUCAAGAACAGAUCUUGUCUGCCACGCGAGACCUGCAGACACUCAAGGAGGAAAAUAAAAAACUAAAUGAAGAGUUGAGUGCUCUGAAGGGAAUUGACGGAGACACUCCUGAGGAUGAAACUCAGCAGCAGCAGUACAAGUCAAAGUAUGAGAUUGAGGCGGAAAAAAAGGAACUGGCGCGGCUUCUGGAGAAGAGAACGCAAGAGGUGGAGAACCUGACUGAAGAUGUAAAGCGCCUGAAUGAGAAACUGAUGGAGACCAACAAAGUCAAGUUGGAGUUGCAGUUGAAACUGGAUGAGAUCCAAUCCUCUGAGGCCUCUGUGCAGCACCGGGAGAAGCGCAUGGAGCAGGAAAAAGAACUGCUGGAUCAGAAAAUUGAGUGGUUAUCUGCGGAACUGAAGACCAAAACUGAGGAACUGCUGAGCAGUAACAGAGAGACGGGCAAAGAGAUUCUAGAGCUGCGGGGUAGCCUGAAAAGCGAGACUGAGCAGGUGACCAGAUUGGAAAGUCAACUCGGUUCUCUGAAGCAGUCCAAUGAAAACCAGCAUGAACGAGCCGAAGACCUCAAUAACAAACUGAAACAGGCUAAGGACGAACUGAGUGCCAUGGAGGAGAAAUACCGGAAUGAGCUCAAUGCCCAUAUCAAGUUGUCUUCUCUCUACAAGGGUGUAGCAGCAGAGAUGGAAACUAAGAAUCAAGAACUGAACAGAGCAGUAGAAGAACUCGGCAAAUUGGUUAAAAACACUGCUGAAGCUAACAAAAUGCUGGAAAAGAAGGUGUCUGAUGCGGAUGAGCAAAAGGCCCAUUUGGAGGCGGAGCUUCAAGAGAAGAUCAAGAAAAUGGAGAAAGAGUUGGAAAAUUCUGUGACGAAGGCCUCCGGCAAAUACUGUUGUGCGCCCUCACUGACUGAGGAGCAGCUGGAGUCCAUGUGUCCAUCUGCAGCCGCCAUUGCUGCCAUCGUCAAGCCUGGAAUGAAGUUCUUUGACCUGUAUAAUGCAUAUUCCGAGUGUGAAAUUCGGCUGCAACUGGAGAAGCAGGAGACCAGAAGGGUGAACAAAGUGUUGGAUGAGGUCAUCCAGGAGGUGGAAUCCAAAGCGCCUGUCCUCAAACGUCAGCGGGAGGAGUACGAAACCAUGCAGAAUUCAAUGGCCUCCCUGUGGAAUAAACUGGAACAGGCUCGAACGGAGAUCUACCGUUUACAGAAAGAGAAGGACGAGGCCAAGCAACAGUGUGACAAUUUGGAGAAGGACAAGCUGAGGACAGAAAGACUGCUGGAUGAUACAUCCACCCAAGUAUGUGCACUGCUAGUUGAACUUGAAGAAGCCCGAGGUCAUCAGGUGACCAAAGACGAUGGCACUUCCUCGAAUAUUUCCGGCCAGGUCACCAGGCAGCAACAGAUUUCCUUCCGCAGCGUGGAGGAGCUCCAGGCGCAAAACAGAAGCCUGCUGGAAAGGCUGAGGAAGCUCGAGGAAGAGAGCACAAGGCAGCAAGCCCAUGCAACAUCUACACGUAUCUCAGAGUUGGAGGCCGUUGUGGAUAAACUUCAGAAGGAGGCAGAGCAGCUGAGAGACCAGCGGAACCAACAGAAGCAACUUGCAGACUCCAAUGCUAGGCAGAGAGACAUGUACAAAGCCCUGCUAACGCAGAGCACCGGCGGCUUGAACCUGCCCUCUCAAGAUUUUUCGCCCCCUGCACCCACUCGGCCGUCAGCCCCAGUAACUCGGUCAACGCCUCAGAGAGCCGCCGCCGGUGCUGACUCUGUACAAACCGCCCAGGCUAAAGCUGCAUUAAAGCAGCUACAUGACGCCUUCACCUUGUAUAAGAAAGAGAAGGCAGAGAACGACAGAAUGUUGAAUGACUCUCAUGACAGACUGGAGCGUCAACUGACAGAGGUUCGCUCCAGUAAUGCCAGAUUGACUUCUCAAGUGGAGUUCAGCAACAAGAGGUAUGAGAUGCUCCAAGAGACCGUCACAGCGUUUCGUAGAGAGACCUCAGCUCUCCAGGACAGGAACCAAAAAAUGUCAGAGACAGUCCUACGAUAUGAGCACAUUAUUCACACUAUGACCCAGGACCUGCGGCAAGUUAAUGAAAAACUGGCUCUUGAGGAGGUGCGUGUAGAGAACUUGACUAAAGAGAGAGACAUCUUAAAACAAGCAGAGAGUCGACUCAAUCGAGAGAAAGAGGUCAUGCUGGCAGAGCAACGUAACCAAAACCUACUACUCACCAACCUCAAGACCAUACAGUUAACAAUGGAACACACAGACACAGAUAUCCGUCACCGACUGAACAGUAAGAUUGAGAAUCUGGAAACAGAACUGGCCUCGAUGAAGACUCGGCUGGAGCAGGAAGUAGCUCAGAGACAUACCCUUGGACGCAAUAUGGAUGCUCAGUUGGUAGAAGCUAAAAAACAACUUCAGACUCAAAACACCCUGCAGCAGAAGACAAGAGAGUUGUUGAAGAAUUCUGAGCAGCAGGUGGCGGCGCUGAAAGCUCAACUGGCUUCUGUCUCAUCUGAGGGUACGAGCACUCCAGUAACCAGAGCGGCAACUCUUCGAACACCCGUCAGAGUGCGCUCUCCGGUUCAAACCACUCAGCAGCCCGGCCCGUCCGAGCUGGCGGAAGUCAAAAGUAAUCUAAAUGCUGCAGAGGAACAGAACAGCAAACUGACCGAGCAGCUAACAAAUGCUAAUGCCACUGUUGAGCAGUACAGGGCUGUGGUCCUGACUUUGGAAGACAGUCUGAAGAAUGAGAAAGAGCUACGUUUUCCUGUUGAGACGAGACUCAAGGAAUCAGAAGACAUCCAGAAGCAGCUGGAAAACAGAAUUUUAGAGGUGGAGAAGAAAAAUCAGCAAGCGCAAGAAGAGAGGAGGAAGUCUUUGGACACACUUGAGAAACAGGUGAGUGACCUGCAGCGCAGUUUAAAGGCCAGCCAAGCAGAGCAGCAGGAUGCCCUGGAGAGAGCCGCUCGAGCUGUCGCUCUGGAGCAGAAUGCCAUACAGGAGAGCCUGCUUCAGACCAAGCAAGCUGGUGAGGCUCAGGCUAAAUACGAGCGAGAGCUGAUGCUUCAUGCCGCAGACGUGGAAGUCCUCAAGGAGUUAAAGAAAGCAUUGCAACAAGAGGCGGAACGGAAGAGAGAGAUUGAAGAGCAACUGAACAAGUCCAACACACUCUUAGAGGAAAAAACGACAGGCUGGACAACUUUGGAGAAGCAGCUGAAGGAUGAAUUGGUUCGUCAGAGUUUGCGCGGUGAAGAGCUGGGAAGGCAGAACGCUCUCCUGCACCAACAAAUGGAUGAAAUGGCCGCAAGGAGUCAUCGACAGCAACCGCAGCAGCAGCAGCUUGACUUAUCAUUCAAUGAGGAAGGGAAGACACUUGAACAGAUCCAAGAAAUACUCAGGUUUGUACGAAAAGAGAAGGAGAUUGCCGUGGCCCAAGGUGAGGCCUCUGAAGGCGAAGCUCUGCGCUACAAACAGCGAAUGGAACACCAAAACCGGGAACUUAAGGAGCUUCAGGAAGCUCUGAACACUGAGAGAGAGAAGCUGCAGGCCACGACAAAGACCUUGGCUCAGAAAGAGGCUCAGCUGAACAACAUGGGCGAUGUCGGCACUCUCCAAGAGACCAACAAGUUGCUGAAAAUGGACCGAGAGCAAUUGGAACAGGAGCUACAGCAAGCACAGGCAAAAGUGAAGAAGCUGGAGUCCAACAUUAGCCCCCUCAAUGAGUCAUUGUAUCAUCUCUCUGACAGAAACGGUUCCCUGCAGGCUGACAAAAGGUUGUUAGAGGAAGACAUAAAACACUUGAAAGCCAAAGUACAGCAACUUGUUAGCCAGCAGAAAGAUGGCGACGUUCAGGAAAAACAAAAAGUCACCGCUGAGAGAGAAGCACAGCAGAGGCGUAUCUCCCAGCUGGUAGAGGAGACAGCCAAGCUGAAGACUGAGCUGGCCAGAUCCAGCACCAGCACGAACUCGGCGCAGUCUCAAGCGAAAAGCCUGAGAGAGUCUGUGACCCGCCUAACAGCAGAGAGGGACGCACUGAAGAAAGAAGUGGGAACAAAAAACAAUGACAUUCUUGAGAAAAACAAGACCAUCACGCAGGUGAAAAAGAUCGGGCGCCGCUACAAGACCCAGUAUGAAGAGCUCAAAGCCCAGCACGAUAAGCUGGUCGAGGAGACUUCGGCUAAAACGCAAGGCGAAACAAGUCCGGUGCAGCAGCAGGAGCUCACGAAAAGUCAAGAGGAACUCAACAAGGUCAAAGAGGAGCUGGCCGCAUUGAAAGAGUCCAUGCAGGAAGCCAAAAACUCCGAGCAGGAGCUUCAGAAUACCCAAAAGGAAAACCAACAGACCAAGGAAAAGUUACAGGAGAUCCAAAACCAGUUGACGCUGAACCAGAAUCAGCUAACACAGACUCAAGCCCAGUUGUCUCAAACCCAGACACAGUUGCAGCAGAGUCAGAAAGAGCUUCAACAAGCAAAGACCCUCACGCAGCAGACACAGAACCAACUGAAAUCGGCUCAAUGUCAGGCUCAGGCCCGUCAAAGCCAGAUUCAGCGGAUCCAGAAGGAGCUCCUUCAGACUAAAGACUCUCUGCAGCAAAACCUUACCAGUCAUAAAAAACUCCAGGAGACCCACCAGCAGGAGAUAAACAAUCUUAAAAGCUCUUUGAACCAAGCAGAGAGUCAGGUGUCUCAGCUGCAAGGCCAGGUGGACACUCUGCAUAAGAUGCUGUCUGCUGAACAAGCAGAAACCAAGCGCCUUCAAGAACAGCUACAGGAAGUCAAGCAAGCCAAUGAAGCUCUCAAAGCGGCGCAGACGAUUCCGGACCAGAACCUGUCGAUCCACGCCAGUGAUGAUCAUCCCGCAACGGACGCAAAUCAGCCAUUCCAAGUGGAGCUUGAACGACUCCGACAGGAGCUGUCUGUAAGCAAGAACAAGGAAGAGAAGCUCAGACAGCAGAUGGCUGACAAAGAGGAGAAGACUAAGAAGGCCUUUGUCGGAGCCAAGACGAAAAUCAACCAGCUGAAUUCUGCAAAAGAGAAUCUGAGCAAAGAGGUUGAAGACCUCAAGCAGUGUAAGGAGGAACUGGAGGUGAGGAUGAACGCCAUGAAGUCACAGUAUGAAGGAAGACUUCUGCGGCUUGACCGAGAACUGCGGGAGACUCAAACUCACUCCGAGCCCAGAGAGGAAUCUCAGGACCAGACUGGGUCGAAGGUGGGUGAUCAGAACAGAUCUGGAGACCAGAGACAGCUCUCUUUGAAGAGUCCAGCCCAGGACCGGAGCAGCUCGAGCCUGUCCGAACCGCCGACUGCCAAUAUCCGCCCCACCCCAAGUGCUCCAUCUCCGAGCAACAAACCGAGCCCUUCACCUGGCAGCAAGUCAACGCCCCGUGCCAGUAUCAGACCUAUGGUUACCCCAGCAACCGUCCCCAUGCCAACGCCCACCGCCACUGUUAUGCCAACCACACAGACCGAGAGCCAAGAGGUGUUGAUGACUACGGGAGCCGCUGCCCACACGGUCAUCUCCAGUCUUAGCGCACCCGCAUCCAUAACGCAACCGAGCGGCGCGCAGGCCACGGCAUUUGUCCAGCCCACUCAGCAGCAGCAGCAGCAGCAGCAAGCGGCGUCUCAGGAUGUAGGCAGCAGCGUAGAUACAGAACGGCCGUCGACAUCCUCUGCCGUCGUCGGAGCACCGAGUUCAAAGCGAAGUAGAGAGGACGAUCUCGAGGAAGACGACAUCAAACCAGAGAGUUCUCAGGCCCCUUCGACCGCCAAAAAGCUCCGACUGAGACAAACUCUUGGCCUGCAGAUGGAAGGUGAUGAGGAGAUCGAAGAUCUACGGGAUGAAGGUGAAAGACAAGAUUCACCCGACAACAGUCAGGAGCUUCCAGAAGAUUUUCCUGUCAUCCCCGAAGAUGACGACAUAGAGGCGGAAGGCAUGUCCCAGUCGGUCCCUUCAGAUCGGACGUCCCCUCAGGAGUCAGGUCUGACUCGUGAAGUGAUUGUUAUCGACACAGACAGCGAAAGCCGUGAGAGCAGAGGAGAGAAACCGGAGACCACGGGUGCGUGUGAGGAAGAGGAGGAGGAGGAGGAGGAGGGUGAAGAAGAAGAAGGGGAGGAGGAAGAGGAGGAGGAGGAAGAGGAGUAUAAGGCGGAGGGGGCAGAGGAGGAAGAAGAUGAUGAUGACGAGGAGGAUGGCGAUGAUGCAAGUAGCGCUGCUAUGAAGAGAGAAGAGGAAAGCAGCGAGGAAGAUGGGAAUGCCGAAGAAGACGGACAGCAGCCCUCCGUUCCCACCGGCGCUGAGGAGGAUCAUUCCCAGGGUGCCCCUGAGCCGUCCCGCGGCAGUGACGCCGGCAGCACCGGCGAGUCGGAAGCCCAGAAGGAGGCCGUGCACGUCCCCCCGACGUCCUCCCCGUCCACGCCCUCACCUUCCACUUCUUCCCUUACGCUCCGCCUACCCCAACCCCGAAGGCCCCCGCACUCCCUCCCCCCACGACUGUACAUCCAACCCCCAGCUUCAGAGCUCGGGCCCCCCCAUACGCAGAGACAGUCCUCCCAACUCCGACGACCAUCAGUAGGUCGAGGACCACAGCUGACGCCAGGGAUAGGCAGCAUGCAACAUUUCUUUGACGAUGAUGACAGGAUGGUUCCAAGUACUCCGACUCUGGUCGUGCCCCACCGUACUGACGGCUUUGCUGAAGCUAUCCAUUCUCCUCAGGUUGCAGGUCUGUCCACCAGGUUUAGAUUUGGACCUCCUGAAGACCUGCUCCCUCAGACUUCGGCAUCGCAUUCGGACCUGGGGCAGCUGGCCUCUCAAGGAGGUCUGGGCAUGUACGAGUCCCCGCUGUUCCUGGCUGCUCAUGAUGAGGACGGAGGAGGAAGAAGUGUCCCCACGACCCCUUUGCAGGUGGCUGCACCUGUGACGGUCUUUACGGAGUCUCUGCCCUCAGACAGUGGCGACAACAUGGCGUCCCAGUCUGUUCCCAUGGUAACUGCCUCGACUGGGAUGUCCACACCGGGCGACGAUGGAGACGAGGUGUUCAUGGAACAAGAAGAAGGUCCACCCGCCGAGGCUUCUUUGGACAGCCGCGCCGACAUGGAGACUGCGGGACAGCAAAGUGAAGAUGCGUCACUUCCAUCCACCAGUCAAGACGCCGAUUCCUCCACAAUUUUCAACACGUUGUGCAACAGCAGCGGCGUCACUCAGAGGCGCGUGGUGACCACUCAACCUGUGAUGAGCACCCCGCUGAGCAGAGGAAGCAGAGGAAGGGGCGAAGGACGCGUGCUGAUCAGCCGCCGAGGCACGCUUGGUCGAUCAAGAGGAGGAGUGGGCAGAGGGAGCUCCAUCUAAAUAUCAGUUCGCCUUUACCUGGACCACGCAAAUACAAAUCCAUCAUGCUGAGCAACGUAUGCGUUUUUUAAAACGCUAUUCACAAAUACGUCAGAUCACAUUUGGGUUUUGUUGUUGUACAGUUUGUGGUCAUGGGAUGCCGGUCUCUGAGCCAGUUUUUUUUUUUUUCCCAUGUGUGCGUGUGCAAAUUGUUCAAUGCUUUUCCAGUCAUGGUGUUGUCAUUUUCAUCAGUCUUUUUUUCUCACUAAUACCACGUUCUUAUAAUAAAGUGAAUAAGAAGAA